UACCAGUCAGUAACAGACUACUCACAAGAGGAACAGAUUAUGUAUAACUACCAAACAACAAGCUCCAUGGCAUCUUUGAUCUGGGCAUCUAAAUUAAAGACGCUGGGAGAUAUUCCAGUUUUUGAUAGCAGGACAAAUGGGAUAAGCUGGUUGUGUGGUACACAGAGUCCUUGUGCGGAUUUUGGCCCAAACUUCCCUGGAAAUGCCGAGUAUUAUUUCAAGCUGGAAUUCUCAAACAGGAUCGUAGAUGCCGACUCGUCAAACUGUGACUAUACCAUUCGAUUCCUGAUCCGAGUUCACGGCUUACCACCGGGCUCAUUCAACCCAUCAUCCGUAAUUGUCCUGUCCUGUCUUGCCAUCUUGACUGCUCUCAUUUUAACCUUCUAUCUGCUGAAAAGAGAAGACUCUAAGGUCUGGAGGUAUCUAAAGAGUGGGUUGUCUUUGGUACGCUACGUACCCUGCCUCUGUAGGGACGGGAUCCGUAGCAAAGUGAUUAGCAUGCGCAGAAACAAGAUAGACCCUUUGGAAGAUCAAGGUCACGUUCAGCUUCAAGAUGUUAAUCAAGGUUCUGAAUACACUCCUGAAGCUUCUAUUGAUGUGAGAGGAAACAGUCCACAACAACUCCAAACUACGAAUGUUUAAGUAUUGAUUAAGCAUCUCUUUAAGGCGAAUAAGUAUUACAAACUACUACAGAGAUGCUCCUUUACCAGAAAUCAAGCACUUUCCCAAUCCUACUGUAACUGUUGGAGCUAAGACCUGGCUGUCAAUAACUUGUUUUUUGUUUUUGUUUGUAUUUUUUUUUUCUGUUUGUUUUUUGUUUGUUUGUUUGUUUUCACGCGUAGUCUGGAUCAAAAGACAUUGCUCGUUCAAACGCAAUUUACUAUCUCUUAAACUCGACCCAAACUUAUGAAUAAGGGAUUCGUGAAGUGUUCACCUGAAAUGCAGCGAAAACGCUGGGCUAACCGAUAGGCUCACUCAACUGUACCCGUUGUGUACCUUGUGUUCUUGAUCCUGAUAUUGAUCCAUGACCACUUCAC